UUUAUGUUUAUAUUUAACAAUGUUACUCUUUGUAGCUACCUUGUCAUGAGCGAAGAAAUAUGCCUGUGCAUUUUAAUAUUUAAUGUUAACACUGGCUGUUGCAAGACCUCGUUCAAUACAAGCCAGCCGUUAGCCUCUAACUUGAUCGUUCAGAAUGGAGAACUUCAUCUUGUACGAAGAACUUGGGACAGGCACUAGCUCUGUUGUUUAUAAGGGAAGAAGGAAAGGCUAUCUCAACUAUGUAGCCGUCAUCUGCGCCGACAAAGCCAAGAGACCUGAGAUCACCAACCACGUACGUCUCAGUCAUGAUCUGGAUCAUCCAAACAUAGUAUGUUUCCACGAGUGGUAUGAGACAAGUAACCACCUCUGGUUGGUGGUGGAGCUCUGUACAGGUGGUUCGCUGGAAUCUAUAAUUGGUCAAGAUGGAGGCCUGUCAGAAGAUGUGGUUAGAAGCUUUGGAUGGGACUUGGUCCAAGGACUGAAAUACAUCCAUCAAUUAGGAAUCAUUUUCUCUGACUUGACCCCUUCUAAGAUCUUACUGGAUGGUAGUGGCACUCUGAAGUUUGGUAACUUCGGUCUGUCCAAGGCAGAUGGAGAGACACAGGAAGAUUUCUUCACCUUGAUGUCCACAUCUGAUGAGGCAGGGGAAAAAGAUGGAAAGAAGAACUUUUACAACACGAGGAAAAGAUUAAAUGGUCCUCCAAUGUACAGAGCUCCAGAGGUUUUGCAGGGAUCAGAAACCAAUAUGAGCUCUGAUCUCUGGGCUCUAGGUUGUACACUCUACUGCAUGUUUGCUGGUAAACCUCCGUUCUAUUCUGAGAGCUACACUGAAAUUACAGAGAUGAUCUUACAUCAGGAACCACCACCUCCCAGACAGACAGUGCCUUCGGCCAGUCCUCCCAGUGAGGACUUCCUGAAUCUCUUGAAACGCUUGCUCAACAAAAACCCUGAUAAGAGGAUGAACUGGGCAGAGUUGUGGGACCACCCUUUCUGGACACCAGUACUAAUGAAAGAAAAAGGAGAAAAAGAGGAGGAUGAAGAAAGUGAUGUGAUGAGAUACACAAGGAUCCCUGAGUGUUUCCCUCCAGGACAUGCAGACGAGCUUUCCAACAGCCAGCCACCUUCUAAGAUCUCAGAGAAAUUAAUUUCAUCACAGACAACAAUUGGUACAACUUACGGCCCAUUUGAUGGAAAGAAUGAUUGUCGACAAGCUGUCGGACACACCACGUGUGGAGGUUCAAGGAACAUCCAGGUCUUGGAUAGGGAGAUGAAGAAGGAGAAAAGAGGAGGUGGGGUGGCAAAGACAGAAGAUGACUCCAAGAUAAGUGGGGCCAAGCAGAUGUGCCACACACUGCUGCCCAAUAAGUCGUUAAUGCUUGAUAAUGUAUCAGAGCUCAAGCCAAAGAGUGGUGUGGAUGAGGACAAUAGCGAAUCAAUUUUUCUGAUCAGCUCUCGAACCACCUCAGGGAGAAGCUGCAGUAUCUCAGACUCUCUAAACCAGACCCAUGCACCACAGACUGACUUCACGUCCUCUGUGAAAGCUCUUCUCCAUACUGACUCUGAUCUGACUGUCACCCAAAUCAUGGACAACCCCAAGAUUCUCAAGAGUCUUCCAGUGCGUUUUGAUACCAAAAGCCUUUGUAUACCAGCAUAUUCAGUUGAGAAGCUGCAGUCCCUGAGUGAUGAUGAGUGGACGGUCUUCCUCUCCCAGCUUUGUUCAUCCCUUGAACAGAGUGCCUCCACUACUCCUCCUUCUCACUCCAUAACCAAUCGCUCCAGGCUCAACCUGCUGUGCUACCUCUGCUGUGUAGUUGGCCAUAGAGUUAUUGCUAACAGGCUGUUGAACUCUCCACUGCUUCCAGUAUUGACUCAGCAAUUACGACAAUCUCCAAACUGGGAUGUACGAAGCAAGGUUCUCAGAACAAUUGGUCUGCUUGCUCUGCAUUGUACUGAAUUGAGAGAGGACAGUCCUGUUUCUGAGACUGUGUCUGCACUGACGGACCUGUUGAGAGAGAACCUGAGGAAUAGCAAAAUAAAGCAGUUCCUGCUGCCACCACUCGGGGAGAUCCUCUACCUCAUCGCCUCUCAGGAGAAGAAGAGAGCCUCCCCAGAGGGACUGUGGUUGGUUCCCGCUGCCGCCUACACUGGCUUAAUGAGGAGCCUGCGGGAAGGGGAUGAUUCCAUAGUUCAUCACAUGGCCGCUAAAGCUAUAGAGAACAUUUCCACUGCGGUCUCUGGCCCCUCCCACCACCUGGUUACCACGGAGAUAGGGUCCGCACUGUGGUACUUGUUCACCCACUCCACUGUGGAGGCUGUCAGAGUCACUGCCAUCUCUGCUCUCUCCAGGCUAGCCCAGGUGGUCCCAGCAGUGAUUGACACCUGUGGCCCUGCAGUCAUAUUGGAGGGCGUUAGUGAAGCAGGGGCCAGGGUCCAGCAGCAUCUACUCACUGCUGCAGCUGCUGCUCUACUCACCUCCAGCAUCCAUACACACCGCGUUGCACAGAGCAAGGACUUGGUGCUGAAGGUGCUGUGUUGUCUGGAGAGUCCAUCCACUGUAACAAGAGCCAAGGCAUUUCUACUGCUGCUUUUACUAAUACAGGACAACACAAACACACUGCUAUUCUGCUGUCAACAAAGACUCGUAAUGCACCUGGAGAGAGACCUUCGCAAAGCAGCUCCCCUCAGAGAGAACCCCGGCCAAAUUGGAUAUCUGUCCCAGUGUCUGGACUUACUGAUUGUAUAUCUGAGUGGCACUGCGCUGCUGAUACUGGAGGACGUCUUGUGUGCAUUACGAGGUGUGACCGGAAGGAAACACCCUUCGGCAGCUCAGAGCAGAGAACUUAAACACACUUUGCCCAGAAUGUCAGUGGUGCUGGACCUUAUUUCAUCCCAGGUUUUUAGAGGUCACAUUGUAUCUGAAAAGUUUCUUGCUAAAAUUGGAUUUCUCCUGAACUAUAUAACUUCAAUAGAGUCCAACGAAACCAAUCUUACCUGGGCUUUGGGUGCAGCAGCAUGUGAAGAGUUGAUUAAGACAUCUCUUUCAAUUGUGGAAGUCCUUAGUCAGCACCACGCUCUCAUCACUCCACAUCAUUGUGCUUUUGUGGAUGACGUCCUGCCUCCUCUGACGACACUGGCUUUCAGCAAAAAUGUGGAGUGGUCUGUGUUUGUUUUGAGGGUGCUGUCCGAACUCAGUCUUGUCCUGCUGCUCAAGGAGAGUAAUGGGACUGAGGAAGAUGAGCAGACAGAAGGAAAGAAAGAGAGGAGGCAGGAAGGAGGAAGAGAUGCUGGAAGCUCCUGUGAUCAAAUUGUACAUCUCAUUAGUGAAUCUCUGCUCCCAAGGUAUGAGUCUCUUCUGCGAGCAGCAGAGCCUACCCCGCUCUACGCACUCAAACUGCUGGUAUCUAUGACUGAACACAGCACGCAGAUCUGCAGGUUGAUUAAACACAGUAGGAUCCUACCAAUGGUCUUUCAACUGAUUAUGGCCAACAGUAGUUGUGUUACCAGUGGGGUGGUCCAGAAUGCCAUCGCCUUGCUGUGUAAUCUGUGUGGAGACACAGUCUUGGAUCUGGAGACACAAUACCAACAAGGCCUAACAGAGGUGGUGGUGAUCACCCUCUCAGAGGCUGCACUAGUCCACAUGGAUAGAGAGGGACACGCUGGGAGGAAGGUCAGCCAUCUUGUAUUGCAAGCCCUGCUGGAACUGCUUCACACCAUCCUGAAACAAACCUCUGUUGUUGUCCGCUGCGCUCUACAGAGGCUAUCUUCUCCGGCAGUAGAAACUGAUGCAGCAGAGAAGCUCCUCCUAGAAAACAGACCCCUGAGCCAACUCAGCACACACCUCAUUCACAUGCUCUCCACUGACCACCAGGAACUUUUGGAGGAAUCCAUCCAGUGUCUGUCCCUACUGGUCCAGCUGUAUGGAGGAGAGGGUUCUGACUGCCUGUCGCCCUCCUGUUUGCAAAGCUUUUCGCAUGCCCUGCACAUGCACAUGGAGAGCCACCGAAUCCAACGCACCACACUUAGGAUUAUCAAACGACUGGUGCAGACUACAGAGCGAUCUGAUUGGUUGGAUUGUCCUGAAGCAGCGGAGCUAAUUGGUCUACUGCAGGACAUAACUGAAUCCAACAGAGUCCUGGAGGGACGGCAGAUCGUAGCCGAUCAGCCUCUCUGCAGAGCGGAUGACACGCUGCAGCGUAUGAGAUGGAGGAGCAGAGGAUGAUGCACCAUCAUUGUCUUUGCCUCAGAAGGAACAACCUCUGCUGAACCUUCUUGAAGGUAGAGCUGAUGUUCAGCUCCCAUUGGAGGUCCUGGGUGAUGAUGGAGCCCAAUGGAAGGACUCCACGGCGGUGACGGAACCAUCUCAUCUGUCUUUAGGGCUUUGAGCUCCAUUGAGACUCAUUCUUGAUUUGACGAUAAGAAAAGAGACAUGGCAAAAUCAUACAGCCACACAUGUGUGGUCUGGACCACUUGCCAUAAUUAUUGGAACCAUGAAUUCUGCUCCAGAAAGUCGUCAGUUCCCAGCAGGUCCACCUCUGAUGGCUCAGAAGAAGCUGGAUGACGGUUUUGGAGUGGCUCAGCCAAAGUCUGGACUUUAAUCUGAAUGAGAGGCAGUUUUCACCAACACUUCUUCAGUUAGGCGGCCAUUACUUUUUCAUAAAGGGCCAUGCAGGUUUGGAUAUCUAUUUUCCCUUAAUACAUGAAGCAUUUAAAAACUGCAUUUUGUAUUUACUCAGAAUAUAUUUUAAACAACAUUUAAUGGUGACAGAUACAAUAAGAGACAAGAAGAACAUCUUCCAGAUGGAUUGUAUGGGGUGGGUUCAGCUGUAUCUUUGUAUCGUAUGGGGUCUCCAAUGUGUGUUCACUCUUCAAGCCAAGAGUUUUGUCGCCGUAGCGACCAUCCUUCCUUUGAUGACUCGCAACUUGUCACACACAAACUCACACUCUCUCACACAAACACACAAUGUAUACACACAAAUAGUCGCUUUCAGUCCUUCAAUUUACAAACUCCCUGUUUCUCAAUCACACCCAGGCUGCGUCAGAUCUGUAAUAAAGGUGUAUUGUUGUCCUGCAAUAGAGGCCUCUCCUACUCUCCACCCCCCCACCCCCUUUCUCCUCCGUCAACCCUUUUCUUCCCCGUUUGUCCCCCUCUAUUCCU